AUGUCCACACGAGCCCUUUCCACCACAUCUUUUGAGUCACCUUAUGUGUCUCUAGAUCUUCUUUCAUACUUGAAAUCUAGGCAGGUCACACCAUUCCAAAUUUUCAAUGAGGUUAUCAUGCCAGAUUUUCUCCACCAAAUGUCCGAGUUGAAACAGCUUGUUGAAGGCAGCAGCGGCAGUGGCGGCAGCGGCAGCAGUGGCAGCGGCAGCGGCAGCGGCAGCAGUGGCAGAGGAAGCGGCAGCGGCAGCACCACCACCACCAACAAUGGCGAUGAUACCAUCGUUGAGGAGGACUCCGACCUGCAAGGGAUGUUUGAGGAAAUUCAGAAUGAUCUCAUCUACAUAAAAAAGGCCUGUGUGCAAUUUAAGCAGUGGGAAGAAGAUCAAGUCAACGUUUCUAUGAAACAUUUAGUUUUCCGGGCCUUGGAUGAUGCCUUUAAACAAAGAACAGGGUCACAAGAACGUAGAGAAGAAACCAGUUAUCUUAGGGACAAGCUCGUUAAAACUCACCACCUUGUCUCCAUGUUAAAGAAGUCUCUUCAUUCUUCCCCGCAACUCUCUUCAGGCAAUUUGAAAUCCCAGAGCCUACAACGUGCAAAACAUUCCAUGAUCCGUUGGGAAUUGAGCCUUCAUGUGUUCCCUGAAAAUGCUGUCAUAAAGAAGAAGGUUUUAGUCCAUUGGUGGGUUGGUGAGGGGUUUAUAGACACUUUAGGCACUCAAGUGAAGACUGCUGAGGAUACUGCAAAUGAUUUCUUCAAACACUUCAUAGAAAAAGGCCUCAUCAAGCAGGAGUACAAAAAGCGAAGACCAAGUGCUGACAGCUGCAGCAUGGACCCUUCUAUUCGUUAUGCUGUGAUCAAGCUUGCAAAGAGAGAUGGAUUCUUCAGUUUUGAUAGCAAUGGAAAUCCCACCGAAGAUUUUACUUGUUCUAGGAGGGCAUGCCUUGUAAAAACUGAAGAGGGGUCUUCUGUACACGAAUUGCCAUACCGAUUAGAACAGGAGAAGGUUAAAAGUAUAAUCAAUGUGAAUGAGCCUAAUCUUGACUUUAGACCUGAAUGGUUCUCCAAGAUGAAAUACGUCGCAGUUUUGCAGCUUGGGAGAUGGGAGAGCUCAGCCGAGCAUCUGAUUCAAGUAGAGGACAGUGAGUUCUUAAAAGGGUUGAAGAAUAUGAGACAGCUUCGGUACUUAAGCCUUCGAGGAGUCUCUAGAAUUACGAAGCUUCCUGCUUCAAUUUGCAAACUCAGCAAUCUGAGGAUCCUGAACCUCAAUGGUUGUGUUGAUUUGGAGGAGCUCCCUGAAGGGAUAGGCUCACUUAAGAACCUGACACACAUGGAUAUGUAUGAGUGUUACUUGAUCAGCCACAUGCCUAAAGGACUUGCUUUGCUCUCACAACUCCAAGUGCUCAAGGGGUUUGUGAUUGGUGAGCCAAAGUCUGGAGGCAACUACUGUAAGCUAGCUGAUUUGUCAGGUUGGGAACAUCUGAGGACGUUGAGUAUCCAUGUGGACAAAACGUCUGAUUCUGCAAAAAGAGAGCUCGUUUCUUUGGCAAAGUUCAAAAAGCUCCGAUCUUUAUCUAUAUCAUGGUCAAGACUUUAUGGCACUCCCAAAAAGCCUUUAACUCUCAAGAGGAUUGCAACCAACAAGUUUACGAGCCGGGUUAAAUCAACAAAACCACCACCACCACCAUCAUCUCCAUUGACGGAUCCAGUUUCUGUUCCUUUGGAGAAACUUAACCUCCAUUACUUCCCUGCUUCUAAUAUGCCUGAUUGGCUGAUGCAGUGGGAUUUGAAUAAACUAAAGAAGCUCUAUAUCCGGGGUGGAAGCCUCUCAAAUCUGUGUCACGGAAAACAAUGCAAAUGGGGUGUCAAAAUGGUACGCUUGAAGUUCUUGGAAAAGUUGCAGAUGGAUUGGUCAAAACUGCAAGACUUGUUUCCAGACCUCAUGUACUUGGAGACAGUCGAGUGUCCUCAACUCAGUUCCAUCCCAUGUGAUGAGAAUGGUGUGUGGAAAAAGGCAGACUGA